AUGCCAGGAUGUCAAGACGACAUCGACCUUCGAGGAUGCCUCGUUCCGCUCGACACGGCCGACGGGGUUUCCUUCUUUUCCGCCAUUCAACUGGCGGUUCAUCAUGUGAGCCAGGAUCCCUCGCUUCUACCCGGCGUCAAAAUCAGGCUGGUCGCAGCCAACUGCACAUACACACCCUUCCCCGGCCAAAUGGCAGGCCUGCACCUGAUGCUGCAGGAAAAGCCAAUAGCCAUCAUAGGCCCCACCACAUCGAGCCAGGUGGCGCUGCUGAGCGGGCUGGCGGGCACAACGCGCAUCCCCCUGCUCUCCUACUCCGCCACUGACCCCCUCCUCACCACCUCGCGCCAGUGGCCCUACUUCAUGCGCACUGUUCCUAGCGACGCUACAAAAAUGGAAGCAAUCGCAGAUCUCCUGGCGCUGUAUCGCUACAAGCACUUCGUUGCCAUCUUCACAGACGACCGGUUUGGGCGGAACGGCAUCAGCGUUCUCGAGAACAUUCUGCAGAACCGAUGGGGCUGGCAACACCCAGUGGUAGCACGAGUGGCGCUGAAGCGCGGGAAGGAGUAUGACGACGCACGUUCCUCCCUGGAGCAGCUGCAGCAAGUGCGCACGUCAGUCAUGAUCAUCCACGCAGGGGGCGACGGCCCUGACGCCGUGCUCAAAGCAGGUGCGCACUACUGGGCAUCGGUACCUGCUGUACGUAGCGGUGGAGCUGGGCAUGUUCAGUUCAGUCGAGGCUACCUGUGGAUCACCACGGAGCCCACCUCUUCAACUACUCACUCCACACCUAUCUUCCGUUACUCCCUCCUGCCUUUCCCGCCCUCCUUUCCUUCACCAGCGGUGGAGCUGGGAAUGUUCAGUCGAGGCUACGUGUGGAUCACCACGGAGCCCACGUCUCUCCAAUCCUUCACAUACGAUGGCGCCACUGCCUCCUUCAUGCCGCAAGUGCAGUGUAGUCUCCACUCCACUCCACUCCUCUCCCACGUGGUCAUCUCUCAUUCUCCUCUGCCCGUUCGUUCUGCUCUCUCAUCCGUGGCAGGGCCUCAUAUCCAGGGCGUCCUGUGUACCGCCCUGUGGUUCAUGCUCUUGCUUCCCCGCUUCUCAUGCGUGCCAUGCAUUGUUGCCUUCUUUCCCUCUCACCUCUUCCCCCUCUCCCCCUCCUCUCCCCACUGGCAGGGCCUCAUAUCCAUGGCAUCUUUUGUGCCGCCCUCGCCUGCUCUCAUGGUCUUCCGAGCAGAGUGGAAGGAGCACAUGUCGGGGCAGGAAGGGCCCACAUCUGCCAAGGCGGACGUGUAUUCACUAGCAGCAUACGAUGCCCUGCUGCUGGUGGCUCAGGCAGUGCACAACGUGCUAUCUGGGGACGCCACUGACAGCACCGACUCCCAAAACGCUCUGGUCGAGCCCAUACCUCCGUCCCAAGGCCCAGGAGCUUAUAACGAGGAUGGGGCCGGCAGUGGGAGUUUCCCAGGGGAUGGGAGUGGUGGUGUUGCUCGUGCCGCUGGUACUGCUGGUGGCGCUGCUGGUGACGUUGGUGCUGGUGGUGGGAGUGGCGCUGCUGCUAGUUCUGUCCUCGUUAGUAACAGUUCCGCUGCUGGCCAGGAGCCUGGCACGUGGACUCAUGUGUCCAUGCCUGUGGUGGCCCCUGGUGAUCCUGCCAGCUCUCUCAUCCCCCUUCUCGCUGGCGCAGCCAGGAGCAAUUGUGAGUGUGGCUUGAGUGCGGUGUGA